UCUCUCUCAGUCCCACCUCACUUACGUGCCAUGCCCUCCUUCUCCCUCCCACCAGCAGCAGCAGAAACGGUUGACAGAAACCUUGAGCCAUGGGGAACUGUAACGCAUGUAUAAGACCCGAGAGCCCGAAUUCCCUCCACCACCACCAAAAGAGUCACAAACAAAAGAAGAAAACCAGAGAACGAAGACCCAACCCAUACGCCGCAUCACAAGCUCCAAUUCGAGUCCUCAAAGACAUCGUCUCCAAAACCCGUAUUGGUGACAAGUACAUACUGGGUCGCGAACUGGGUCGUGGCGAGUUUGGCAUAACCUACCUCUGUACUGACAGAGAGACCCGCGAAGCCUUUGCAUGCAAAUCAAUAUCGAAGAAGAAGCUCCGAACCGCCAUUGAUAUCGAGGACGUUCGACGUGAGGUCGAGAUAUUGUCGAGCUUGCCGGACCAUCCAAAUAUAGUGAGGUUGAGAGAUACUUAUGAGGACUAUGAGGCUGUGCAUUUGGUAAUGGAGCUGUGUGAGGGUGGAGAGCUUUUUGAUAGGAUUGUGGCGAGAGGACAUUAUAGUGAGAGAGCGGCGGCGAAUGUGGCGAGGACGAUUGCGGAGGUGGUGAGGAUGUGUCAUCAGAAUGGGGUUAUGCAUAGGGACUUGAAGCCCGAGAAUUUUCUGUUUGCCAAUAAGAAGGAGAAUUCGGAUCUCAAAGCUAUUGAUUUUGGGUUGUCUAUAUUUUUUAAACCGGGGCAGAGGUUCUCUGAGAUUGUGGGCAGUCCAUACUAUAUGGCACCGGAGGUUCUAAAGCGGAAUUAUGGGUCAGAGGUUGAUGUAUGGAGUGCUGGUGUGAUUCUUUAUAUUUUGUUAUGCGGGGUUCCCCCAUUUUGGGCAGAAACUGAACAGGGCGUUGCUCUCGCGAUUUUGCGAGGAGUGAUUGAUUUUAAGAGGGAACCAUGGCCUCAGAUUUCUGAUAGUGCUAAAAGCCUUGUUCAGCAGAUGUUGGAGCCAGAUCGCACAAAGCGAUUGACUGCCCAACAGGUGCUCGGCAAUGGUUUUUUGAAGGAGAUGAUGCACCAAAGUGGUCAUAGUGUGAUUUUUUGA